CCCCUGCCGACGGAUCAACAAGGCAAAACAGCCCUGCACACUGCAGUUGAAGCUGAGUUUAGCUUUGAUGUAUUUGCGUACACCCACACGUCAUACCGGUACGUAACGAAAAGAAAGAAGAAGAAGAGUAUUGUUAAGCUCCUCAUUGAUAAAGGGUCCAAUCCAUGUAUGAGGGACAAACAAGGAAGAACUGCACUUCAUUAUGCAGCUGAGAGAGGUUGCAGUGAUAGCUUUCAUCUUUUAUUGGGAAAUAAUCCUAUGCCAUUCAUCAAGGACGAACAGGGAAGAACUCCUCUGCACUGUGCAGCAGCCAAAGGAAGCAGGGACAAUGUUGAACUGCUCUUGGAUAAAGGUGCAGACCUAUGUGCAAAAGAUCAACAGGGAAGAACUCCUCUGCACUGUGCAGCAGAAGCCGAAAGUGAUUGCAGUGAAAUUGUUAAACUUCUCCUUGAGAAAGGAGCUGAUCCCCUGAUGAUGGAUCAGCAAGGCAUGACAGCCCUUGACUAUGCAACUAGAUGUGGGAACACUGCCAGCGUUAAGCUAUUGCAUGGAAGGGUUUCUGAGAAACAGUGAUUGUGAACAGAAGAUAGUACUGUAUUGUUGUCGGGUUGUAUUUAUCCAUAAAACUAGAUAUGAGGAACUGUGUGGAUAUGAAGAGGAAGCAAGAGAGUUAUGUAGUUGAUUAAGUGUCCAAAAUGACAGGUAAUGAUUGGCAAGUUGUGCUAUGCACUCAUGUAGUUGAUUUAUUUCUUAUAAUGUCUCCAGUAUAUGGGAUCAAUUUUUAAUAGGUCGUGUUGUGUAGUCACGUAGUGGGUUCAUUGUCUGUAAUGCCUUAAGUAUAUGUGAUCAAGUAUUGAUAAGUUGUGUGAUGUGCUCGUGUAGUCGAUUUACUGUUAUAAUUGUAAUUGUAAUUAAUAAUUGGUUGUGUAAUUUGUGAUAAGUCGUCUACAAUCCAUAAUUAUGUCAUGUAUUUUAUCACCAUUUACCUGUGUGAGUUAUCCCUCACACGUUGGAGAUACCUAUUGACGGCGCGGUAGCUUAAUUUGUCCAAAUCCAUCAACAGAGAAUACAGUCAACAUGACAUCUGCAGAAACAUGCUGUUUGGUUGUGUAUUUGAUUCAAAUGCAGCAUGUAAGCAUAGAACGUAAUGUACUUAAUACAUGCAACCUGUUAAGGAUGUACUACACAUACUUUGCUUGUCUUUUUAAAGCCACCCCUCAUACAUACUUGAAUCAACAGGGGUUUGUUUGUUUGUUUGUUUGUUUGUUUGUUUUC